AUGUUUGAAGGUCAGACGGAUUUUGAGACCACGCUGGGCAAACGAAAGAUUGAUCAUAUGCCCAUGCUCUGCAACGAGUGCCCGAGCUGCAAGAAGAUACAGCUCAUUUCUACUAAUCUCAUCCCGCCGCGUGAUUGCUGGACUGGCACUUCCGUGUUUUCGGUCUUUAGUAUGUCUACUUGCGGCCGACAAUCUCUUCAGUCUCUGCCUCCAAGAAAUCAAUCUCUUAAGCAGCCGGAGCAUAUUCAUUGA